AUGGAAAACAGCAACAAGAGCUUGGAAUGGGGAAAAACGACAUGGAAACUACUUUCACAAAUCCGAACUCACUCACCGCUAAUUCAAUGCAUAACUAACUUCGUUUCAAUGGAUCUAAUGGCCAAUACUCUCUUAUCCGCCGGUGCGUCUCCAGCAAUGGUUCAUUCCGUCCAAGAGAUUCCUGACUUCACCCCGCGCGUCAGUGCUCUGUGCAUCAACGUCGGUACACUCUCUCCCGACUCUCUUCCCGCCAUGAUUACUGCCGCUAAGCUCUGCUCGAGGUUGGACAUCCCUUGGGUUCUUGAUCCCGUCGCUGUUUCCGCCUCGGCUUUCCGAUUCGAUGCUUGCGUUCAACUUGUUAUACUCAAACCCACUGUUAUCAGAGGAAAUGCUUCUGAAAUUAUCGCUCUUUCUUCUUCCUAUGAAUCCUCCACCUCCAAGGGUGCAGACAGUACUCAUGAUUCAAUGGAUGCAGUUGAAGCAGCAAAGUUGUUGGCUCAGAAAAGUGGUUCCAUAGUUGCAGUGUCAGGAGCUACUGACAUUGUCACAGAUGGUAAAAGAGUUGUUGGCGCUCACAAUGGGGUGGCAUUGAUGCAAAAAAUUACAGCAACUGGAUGUUCUGUCACUGCACUCAUUGCUGCCUUUGUUGCAGUUGACAAAAGCCAUGCUUUAGAUGCGGCAGUAUCAGCACUAGCUGUAUUUGGCGUUGCUGGUGAGUUAGGAAUGAAGGUGGCUGAAGGUCCUGCGUCAUUGCGAAUGCACUUGAUAGAUGCGCUUUAUGGGCUUGACGAAGCUACAUUACAGUCUCAUGUUAAUAUCACAAGCUUGUGUUGA